AUGUUUAUAAAUUCCUAUGCUGAAGAAUUAAAUACAAUAGUUGGCAAUGCUUUUCGUAUGGCAUACGUGGCGCAAUUACAGCGCCAGCCAAUUAUCCAGGAUGUGAUCUCACCUCAAUCAACGACUAUUUAUCGGAAAGAUUCCGCCCAAGAACAAAAAAACGUCUGGAACAAACCACUGGGAGGUGACAAUAACUCGAAAGAGAAUAAAGUUAUCAGCGGUAGCGGCGGAGGGGGCGGCGGUUUAGUGGGUGGCUGCAGAACCCCGUCCUCAAAUUCGUGGCUGAAGAGUCGCUCGGCGCCCACGUCUCGUUCUGGAAACGGCACAUCAACUGCGGACAUGAACGUCCAGCUUGGAAGUGCCGGCUCGCCCACGCUGCGACUCGCCAGCGUUAAGACACCAAACUCAAUACCAGGCCUGAGACCGUCCCACCCGUUCUCCAACGUCCUGGGACCACUAACGAACCAAGAUGACCCAAAGAGCAUUUCGCAACAAAGUACGCCGAGCAGCGACGAGAGUAAUUCCCCGACGGAGCUGAACUCGUACAAGAGACUGACGGACAAGCCCCCGCUGAUAAAGCGGCUGACAAUGGGCCUCACGGGCGGAGUCCUGGGUCUCAAUAGCGAGGACGACAGUUGUCCCCUGGUAAGCGGGAGUAGCACGCCAACUAGUCCAACAAAUCGACCGCACUCAGGUGGAUACAUAAAUGAAGCUAUUAUUGACAACGAGGCCACCAGAACGACUUACAAUAAGAUUCCGGCGUCCGACAAUAUCGACAAUACUAUCAAUGUUUCAAUUACCACCAAGAAUUUCAAUAUCGAGAACAACAGACUGGCGCCUGACAAUUCGCCGAACAGUGGCGACACUGAUUUUAAAACAAAACGCCGCUCUCAAAUCAGCACUUCAAGCAGCUCCGUACCAGCUGAUGGAAGUACUCACGGCUCGACGCCCACUCCACCCCCACUUCCCGAAAGAACUGAUAGUCUUAAUAACCGGUGUGAGGAAGGCGAACUUAGAAAAGCUCCUUGGUUUCAAGCUGGUAUACCUAGGGAAAUAACGCUGGAGGUGUUGAGCCAAGAACCGGAAGGUGCUUUCAUGGUUAGAGAGAGUACUAGCAAACCUGGAUGCUAUGCAUUAUCCUUGCGCGUUCCACGUGACUUUCAACCCAGUGGAAUUGCUCACUAUCUCAUCAUGCGAACAAACAAAGGCUACAAGAUAAAAGGCUUUACAAAGGAAUUUACAACCCUAACUGCACUAAUAACUCACCACUCAGUAAUGAAGGAGCUAUUACCUUGUCCUCUGUCUCUAAGCCGCUACAAUCCGAGCUUCGUCAAGACAGACUCCAACAAAGACUUCGCCGACAUUGAUUCAGACCCUGAUUACAAUACUCUAGCGGACUUUCGUAAAAUGAUGGCUGAUUUAAAUGUCUAA